AUGAGGGUCUUCGCAUUGUUGCCGGUUUUGGCAUUUGCAUUAGUCGGUAAGUAAAAUAGACGAUUUUUAUGCAAGGGUGCCCGCCUUUUUUCAAAGAAGAAAUUUAAUUUCAGGUGCAAACGAAGAAACGACUACAUCGACAACACUGACCACCCCGACAACUCCGACAACCCCGACUACUCCAACCACACCGACCAGCCAGACAACUCCUACAAGCCAGACAACAACACCAACGACUCCGACUACUGCAACUACGCCGACCACACCGACUAGUCAGACCACCCCCACGAGUCAAACCACUCCAACUACCCCCACCACUCCGACCACACCAACGACCUCUACAACGCCUACUACACCAACUAGUCAGACCACUCCUACAAGUCAGACAACUCCCACAACACCAACAACUCCAACUACUCCCUCAACUCCUACACCGACGACACCCACUAGUCAGACAACCCCUACAAGUCCGACGACACCCACAACACCAACGACCCCCACGACUCCGACCACACCUACGAGCCAAACGACCCCUACAACUCCAACGACGCCAACAACUCCAACUACUCCCACCACGCCUACCAGCCCGUCGACGCCAACUACGCCUACGAGUCAAACGACUCCCACUACGCCAACAACCCCGACCACUCCAACUACCCCUACCACACCAACGACGCCGACAACUCCGAGCACACCAAGUAGUCCAACGACGCCGACCACUCCAACCACACCUACAACCCCCAGCACCCCGACGACGCCAAGCACACCAAGUAGUCCAACAACCCCGACCACUCCAACUACCCCUACCACACCAAGGACGCCGACUACUCCGAGCACACCAAGUAGUCCAACGACGCCGACCACUCCAACCACACCUACAACCCCCAGCACCCCGACGACUCCAAGCACACCAAGUAGUCCAACAACCCCGACCACUCCAACUACCCCUACCACACCAACGACGCCGACUACUCCGAGCACACCAAGUAGUCCAACGACCCCGACCACUCCAACUACCCCUACCACACCAACAACACCGACUACUCCAAGCACACCAAGUAGUCCAACAACCCCGACCACUCCAACUACCCCUACCACACCAACAACACCGACUACUCCAAGCACACCAAGUAGUCCAACAACCCCUACAACUCCUACCACACCAACAACUCCGUCUACCCCCACUACUUCGACAACCCCAAGUACCCCAACGACUCCCACAACCCCAAGCACCCCGACAACUCCUACUACACCAACAACUCCUACAACUCCAACCACCCCCACUACCCCAACAACCCCUAGUACACCUACGACUCCAACGACCCCGACAACGCCAACAACUCCCACCACCCCAAGCACGCCAACGACCCCUACAACACCCUCUACCCCUACAACACCAACAACACCUACAACUCCAACUACUCCAACGACGCCAACUACUCCGACUACUCCCACCACUCCCACAACCCCAAGCACCCCAACGACCCCAACAACUCCAACCACCCCGACUACUCCAACCACACCAACGACACCCACUACUCCUACAACACCAACAACUCCGUCUACCCCCACUACUCCGACAACCCCAACGACUCCCACAACCCCAAGCACCCCGACAACUCCUACUACACCAACGACUCCAACGACACCCACUACACCGACAACCCCAACCACUCCUACAACUCCAACGACCCCUACUACUCCGACAACACCAACCACCCCAACAACUCCCACCACACCAACAACUCCAACGACACCUACAACACCCACUACUCCUACAACACCUACAACCCCAACAACUCCCACUACCCCAACAACUCCCACCACACCAACAACUCCAACGACACCUACAACCCCAACUACUCCCACAACCCCAACUACCCCAACCACUCCCACUACGCCAACAACUCCUACCACACCAACAACCCCAACCACUCCAACAACGCCUACAACCCCAACCACCCCAACAACUCCCACUACCCCAACAACUCCCACCACACCAACAACUCCAACCACACCAACAACUCCAACGACACCUACAACCCCAACUACUCCCACAACCCCAACUACCCCAACCACUCCCACUACGCCAACAACUCCUACCACACCAACAACCCCAACCACUCCAACAACGCCUACAACCCCAACCACCCCAACAACCCCCACUACUCCAACAACUCCCACGACACCGACAACCCCAACGACUCCAACAACACCCACUACACCUUCAUGUAAGUGUCGUACUAAGAAACCGUAAUGCAAUUCUUUUAGCUAA